UAUGGUAAGUCUGGAAAUUACGGAAAACAGGAGGGAAGCAAAAGCUUUUAUGUAACUACCAAAGCCACUAGCCACUCUUGAUACCUUAAUGUUUUUCCAUGUGGGAGAUUUUCUGGGCAUGUUUUCUUCUGUUCUCUGUAACAUGGUUGGGACAUUAGCAUUAAGAUGUAGAGCUGGAGCUGGAAGGAAACUUGGGGGUCAGCUGGCCCAGCCUUCUCAGUUAACAAGCCAGGAAACUGGUCCAGAAGAGCUCAGUGACUUGUCCAAGGUCAAUAGCAGAGCUGGAAGCAGAGCUCUUAGGUGUUUGCUCCCUCUUAAAAUACCAGUACCAACAUCAGUACCAACCCUCCCUCCAGUGGUGAAGACCGCCUUCAAAGAAGAUAGCUGAUAGCUGAUCUAAGCCUUCCAGCUUGAGGGAGUAUGUCUGGGACUGGCUUCCCUGAGGUUCCCUCAAUAAGGGGUGCAGCUCUGGUUAACCCCCUCCCCCACUUCCAGAUGGCAGCACAGCUGUGGGAUGGGAUGGGGUGGAGGUGGGUGAGGGAAGGAAAGGGAGAGCUGGCAGAGCCCAGCAAGGGGCGUGGCCCUGUAUCUGUUCCCAAGGGUGGACUCAGACAACAGGGUCACCCUGUCCCUUUAAGAGAGGGGGGAGAGCUAGCCCCUCUCGGCCAUCCUGUCCUAUCAUCCAUCCUGGCCAAAUCCGAAAGGGAAAAUGAAAGGACCAGGAGGAACAGGUCCCAGCCAUCUCCCAAGAUUCCUCGCUCAGCUCUAACACCUCAGCUCCAGCCACAGGCGCCAUGGGGGAGUGGGCGUUCCUGGGCUCGCUGCUGGACGCCGUGCAGCUGCAGUCGCCGCUCGUGGGACGCCUGUGGCUGGUGGUCAUGCUGAUUUUCCGCAUCCUGGUGCUGGCCACGGUGGGCGGCGCCGUGUUCGACGAUGAGCAGGAAGAAUUCGUGUGCAAUACGUUGCAGCCGGGCUGUCGCCAGAUCUGCUACGACCGCGCCUUCCCGGUCUCCCAUUACCGCUUCUGGCUCUUCCACAUCCUGCUGCUCUCGGCGCCGCCGGUGCUGUUCGUCAUCUACUCCAUGCACCAGGCCAGCAAGGAGCCGGGCGGCGCGGCCGCGGAGGCCGGGACGCCGUGUGCCGGGGUGCGCUCCGAGGGCCCGUGCGCGCCCUGCGCCCUGCGCGCCCGCCGCGCGCGCCGCUGCUACCUGUUCAGCGUGGCGAUGCGCCUGCUGGCCGAGCUGGCCUUCCUGGUGGGCCAGACGCUGCUCUAUGGCUUCCGCGUGGCCCCGCACUUCGCGUGCGCCGGCCCGCCGUGCCCGCACACGGUGGACUGCUUCGUGAGCCGGCCCACGGAGAAGACCGUCUUCGUGAUCUUCUACUUCGCCGUGGGGCUGCUCUCGGCGCUGCUCAGCGUGGCCGAGCUGGGCCACCUGCUCUGGAAGGGCCGCCUGCGCCAAGCGGCCGAGCACGACAACCGCUGCAACAAAGCGCAAGAGGAGGCGCAGAAGCUGCUCCCGCCGCCGCCGCCGCCGCCGCCGCCAGCCCUGCCCUCUCGGCGCCCCGGGCCCGACUCCUACGCCCCACCCGCCUAUGCGCACCGGGCGCCGGCCGGCGACAGCGAGGGCGGCAGCGGCCGCAGCAAGGCGUCACUGGCCACCGUCCGCCAGGACCUGGCCAUCUAGAAUUGCCUCGGGCGGAGGGUGAGGUCAGAGGCCCUACCCAACCCCCGGACCUUCGCCGCAGAAGCAAGAAAUGGCUUCUGCCAGACCUGUUCCCCCGACCGCGCAGUGAGGGUGGCCCGCAGGGCAGCCUCCGCUCUUCCCUGGUACUCCCAGCAGAGCGGGGUAGAAUGAACUAAGGCAGGUCCUUGAUGCCAUGAUCCAGGUAGAAAGGAGGCCGGGGCGAGGAGGGGGUGGUGUUGAGAGAAAGUGGGCAAGCAGACAGCAGAGCAGAGUAGAAAGUGGAGGUUCAGGUGGUAACGUGGUUCUUUUACUGGGGAAAAACCAACUGUGACACCAGCAUCCCCUCGUUCAGACCGAGACAUGGCCUCUGUGUGAGCGCUCUGCGUAUGUGCACACAUGUGCACAUAUACACAGUGGGAGGUAUGUGCGUGCGCACAUGUAGAGCCUUUGCGAGCCUUUGGUGUGUGUGCAUGCAUUUGUAUAUCCUGUGUGAGCUCUGUGUGCACACGUGUACACGCAUGCACAUCCUGUGUAGGCUGUCUUGUGGGCAUGUGUAUGCCCUGGGUGAGCUCUCUGUGUGGCCUUUCUGAUAUGCGCAGUGUGGGUAGCCAGGAUCCAGUGCUGGCAGCAGCCACAGUGUCCCCUCCCUACCAGCAAGGGCAUCACUGGACCGUCUCCCCUCCUGAUGGAGUCCACACAGGAAGGGACGGGAGGGGAGGUGCCCUUCACCCCCCAGGGCAGGCCUCAGCCUGGUAAGUCUUGUGGGACCCAUCCACACUUUCCACCUGGUGGUCUUGGCUGCAUGGCCAGGCCCUCCCUCUCUUGGAGGCAGAGUGGGGGCAGCCAGUGGGAUCUAAGGGCAGGACCCUUUUCUCUUCUAACUUCACCCUCCUCAUCCUGCUGCUGUUCCCCUUGGUCCAUAAACAUGAUAAAGUCCCUUCCAUACGCAGAAAAACCUCUCCAUAAAUGCUCCUGACCCUGCAUUUCCCUGUAGCCACCACCCUCCUGUCCCCUUCCUGUCUCUCCUCUGCCCCCAUCUGUCUUUGUCCUUUACCGCCCCAGUGGGGCUACUCUCUGUAAGAUCACCCAGGACCUAAGUGACAACCAGGGGCCACCAUUUGACGGCACCCGGGACUUCAUCCGACCCUGCGGAGCAGGCUGCCUGAUUUUCUCCUAUGGCCCUCUCCUCUCUCUCCUCCUUUCCUCCUCUUCGUCAGUGCCCCUGCCUGGACUCCACACAGCAACCUGUGGGGGCUUUCUAAAUAGCCCCCUACUUAUGCCCUUGAGGGCCUCCCUGUCCUCAGAGUAAGUCCAGCACCUGAAUGAGUCUUCUGAAGCCCUGGCCUACCACCCCACAGGCUCUGCUUCUCCGGCCUCCAGCACCAUCGCUCUGGCUUCCCACGGUUUCCGUGCUCCAAUCCACACUGAAGUUUCUCUUCCUACUAAGCAAGUGACCCAUUUUGCUUUCAAGUGCUUGAACAUGCUGUUCCUCUGCAGCCACCUUCCCCCCACCCUAGCUAACACCUACCUGUCUUUUGAUCUCACGUGGAAAGAAAACAGGUGCCUUCCCUGACAGCCCUCACCCUCCAGUUAGAGCCAGAUGCCCAGUGGCACCGGGGCUUCCCCAGGCAGAGCACGUCUGCUGGAUGGCAUCGCUCUCCUCGCUAGCCCGUAGGAGGUGCUUAGUAAAUUUGUGUUGGAUGAAGAACUAAAGGUGUCCCUGGGACCUGAGCGCUUAUCCACGCUCACCGCAUAUGCCACUAUCUCUCUGAUGACAGUUCUGUGUCUGCAGCCUGGACCCCUCCACACAAACUCAGAGCUGGAUGUCCAGCUGUUUUCCAGAUGUACUCAUUCAACAAAUAUUUGUUGAGCACUUACUGUAUGCCAGGCAAUUUUCGAGAUUAGCACUGUUUCCUAGAAAUGGGAUAUGAGCCACACGUGUAAUUUCAAGUUUUCCAUUAGCCACAUUAAAAAGGAAAAGGAAACAGGUGAAAUUAAUUUUAGUAAUAUAGUUUUCUUUAACCCAAUAUAUCGAAAAUAUUAUUUCAGCACAUCAUCAAUAUAAAAAAGUAUUAAGGAGAUAUCUUAUAUUUUUUUCUACUAAGUCUUUGAAAUCUGAUAUGUAUUGUGCACUUGGAGCAUAUCUCAAUUUGGACCAGUCACAUGUCAAGAAUCAGUUGUCACAGGUGGCUGGUGGCUGCUGUGUUGAAUACAGCAGAUCCAGAGUUGGGCUACAAUCAUGAGUAAAACCUGGCCUCACAGAGCUUCCAUCCUGGUGGGGAAGGCAGACAGUAAUUUGGAAUAUAGCACCAGGUCACAGUAAUAGUAAGGGGAGAGAGCGUGACAUCCCCAAGGAGUGACGCGGGAACAGAAUGUAGCAAGGGGCUAGCCAUGAAGCUGUCUCCAAGAAGAGCGUUCCAGUUGGAGGGAGUGGUAAGCGCAAAGACCCUGAGUCUCGGGAAUGUGCUGUGGGUAUUUGAGGCCAGCAACGAGGCCAGUGCGUUGGAGUGGAGAGAGGGACAGGAAAGGUGGAGGAUCACCAGCACCGCAAAUGCAACCUCCACUUCCUUAGUUCUCCUCUCAGUUGCUGGCAUCUCCAUCUACCCAGAACACCUGCACCUACCGCUGCCACAGGCUGUCCUCUGCCCGCCUUCCACAGCCCACCAAUCACCUGGUCCGCCCGUUUUAUCCCCUAAACAUUCCUCGCCUUGUCCACUCUUCUUCACCCCUUCAGAAGCUGCCCAGGGUCACCCAUCACCGGUGGCCUGGAGUGUUCCCACCGCCUCUGCUCUCGCCCCUGCAAUUCCGAUAUCUGAACACCUCCCUUGCUGCCUUAGGAUCCUUCACUCCUAUCACCGUCACGAUCAAGUCCAGCUCCUGACCUGAGCCCACCCCAAUCUCUACAGCCUCUCCUCUUCCACCAUUCUAACCAAAAUCUGAAAUGGUUAAAACACCAAGCUGGUGACAGUUUUGAUCAUGUGAAGCUAUUUAUCACUUCUGCAUCUCACCUGGCUAACUCUUCACCUUAGAGAUUUAGCUGGGAAGAGGCACCUCUUCCAGGAAGCCUUCCGAAACCUGUCCCAGGCAUGGUUCAAUUCCUCUUCCCUGGACUCCCAAGGUCCGAGAAAGACCCCGUUGCUGCCCUCCCCAAGUUGUAUCCCAGUCGCCAUCCCUGGUCAGUCUCCCGGGUGAAAGACCGGGCCUGACGCCAUGCAAAGCACACGUUAGUCCUGGAUGAUCAGACGCUACCGCAGUGGUUCUCAACUGGGGGUGAUAUUGCCCCCCAGCAGACAUUUGACAGUGUCUGAAGACAUAACUGGUGGUCACGGAUGGGGGAAAUGUGCAACUAGCUUCUAGUGACCAGAGGCCUGGGAUCUGCUAAAUAUCCUACAGUGCACAAGACGAUGGCCUCUCUCUCAACAAAGAAUUCCUGGGCCCAAAAUGUCGCUUGUGCCGUGGUUGAGAAACUGAUCUCAGCAAUGAACUGUGAACCACUGUGGGCAACCUCAAGCCCUGAAGGGUCCCAACAGCAAAGGUACUACCCCAAGGGGGGCACUUUGUAAAUGUAGGAGCCACUAUUCUAGUUGUCACAUGAGGGGGGACCCUGUUGGCAUUUAGUGGACAGGGACUAAGAAUGCCAAGAGGUCCACCCAUAAUAAAGAAUUGUCAUGCUGACUUACGAAUGACCCGCUGGACAUUUGCACAGUGAAAAAGCUCUUUAUAAUUACCUGAGCCCAAAACCUGACUCUGUUUUUACAUGUAAACCAUUAAGGGUUUUGUUUGGGAAUUUUUUUGCAUGGUUUUAUUAUACAUUGUCAGUUUUUAUUUCAACAUUCACCCAUACUCUUUAACUUUCCUGCACUUCAUGUACAGAAUGGCUUCUGACCUUACUUCUUUUAAAUUCAAAUGUGUUCAUUAAAAAUAGAAGCAAGCUGGGGACUAUGUCAUAUUUCUGCCAUGUGGUUGUGCCCAAGCAUUUACAUAUUGAAAUUCAUAGUACUUUCAUUUCUCCUUUACAAUACAAUGUGAUAGCAUAGUGUGUAAGUAUGUUAUGUUAAAUUUCAUUUCAGAUUCAUAAAGAAUG